AGAAAGAGUGAUGAAUAAAGUGAUGAAGAUGAAUGGUUAAUGGUUAAUAAACAUUUCAAUGGCUUCUACUCUCACUCACACUCUCUCCUUUACUCCCUCCACUUCCCGUUCAUAUCUCUCCCAAACCAAACACAGUUUUCGAUAUCCAACUACUAUUAACUUCCCUUCUUUCAACAUUAACCAUAAUAACCACCGUGUCUUCUCCAAGUUCAAAGUAUCAGCUUCAUCUUCAUCUUCAUCUUCUUUUCAAGCUCUCAUAUUUGACUGUGAUGGUGUCAUCUUGGAAUCCGAACAUUUACAUCGUCAAGCUUAUAAUGAUGCUUUUCUUCACUUCAAUGUUCGUUCUCCAUCUACUUCUUCCCAACCACUCAAUUGGGAUAUUCAAUUCUAUGAUCAACUCCAGAACCAAAUCGGUGGUGGCAAACCCAAAAUGCGAUGGUACUUUAAGGAACAUGGGUGGCCUUCAUCAACGUUGUUGCAAACUCCUCCAACUAAUGAUGAGGAACAAGCCAAGUUAAUUGACACUCUUCAGGAUUGGAAGACAGAGAGAUACAAAGAUAUAAUCAAGUCUGGCUCGGUCAAACCUAGACCGGGAGUUUUGAGAUUGAUGGACGAGGCUAGAGACGCCGGGAAGUUGCUAGCUGUUUGCUCUGCAGCAACUAAAAGUUCAGUUAUUCUUUGUCUUGAAAACCUUAUCGGAAUCGAGCGCUUUCAAAGCCUUGAUUGCUUCCUUGCUGGUGAUGACGUGAAGGAAAAGAAGCCCGAUCCAUCCAUAUAUUUGACAGCUUCCAAGAAGCUUGGUGUAUCAGAGAAAAACUGCUUGGUGGUAGAGGAUAGUGUUAUUGGUUUACAGGCAGCAACAAAAGCAGGGAUGUCCUGCGUGGUUACCUACACAUCUUCCACAGCUGAUCAGGAUUUCAAAGAGGCCAUAGCAAUCUACCCUGACUUGAGUAACAUAAGCUUGAAAGAUUUGGAGUUACUAUUUCAAGAUGUUGUAGCUGCUAAGUAGAUGAAAGGUUGAGGUUCCUCACAAGGUUAAGAUUCUGUAUUUUUUCCGUUCUUUUAUGUGUUUUUAUGUAUUCAUUGUUAGCAGAUGUAUUCAUGGAGAUAAUGUGUAUUCAAUUCAUUGCAAAGUGUAAUAAAAUUUAUAAUCUAUUGUUUACA